AUGACGAGAAGAACGGGAAGGGAUACUUGCAAUGGCACCUUCAAGCAUGGCGUGAGGAGCGGCAGCGGCGUCAACGUGUGGCCGGAUGGCGAUGCUUAUGAGGGAGACUAUCACAACGACAUGCGCGAGGGCAAAGGCACUCAAGUGGGAGCAGAUGGAAGCCAGUACGUGGGAGAGUUUCGGCUUGACAGAAAGGAAGGUUACGGAGUUUACGAAGCAGCUGACGGAACAAGAUAUGAAGGAAGCUGGCGACACGACAAACCGCAUGGAAACGGAACGAAGAGGCAGUUUGCAGAUGGGGAUGUCUACUUCGGCGAAUGGGCAGACGGUCAGUUUCAUGGUCGAGGAAGCUACACCUAUUCCUCCGGCGAGAGAUACGAGGGCGACUACUUCCAGGAUCGAGCCGAAGGUCAGGGGACGUACGAGUGGCCCAACGGAGAGAUUUACAAGGGAGAGUUUGUCAACGGUAAGAGACAUGGCUUCGGCGUUCAGGAGUUUGCCAAUGGCGAGCGAUACGAAGGUUUCUGGAAGAAUGGCGUGCGCUCUGGGAAGGGUCGGCACCUCUGGCCGAAUGGCGACCGAUACCGCGGAGAGUUUAAGGACGGAAAGGUGAAGGAGGAAGCUGUGGUGGUUGACAGGGAGAGACACGGAAUGGGAACUUACUUCUACGCGGACGGAAGGCGUCACUUCGGAAAGUUCGUCAACGACGAGAAGGCCCGGCCUCCUCCCUUCCCCCAGAAUUUCAACCCACUGCCUGACGACGGGCUCCCUUUCACUUGGAGGAUGACGAGGGAACACCCCGACAUCGAGCAGGAACGAGACAUGAUGGCAGGAGACGUUGACCAGACAGGGCGGCUGCUGCGGGCGGAUGGACCCUUCCCCCUCAGUGCUGAAGACUUCCUUGUGGACGACGUCAUGCCUGACGGGACCUCGGAGGUGGAGACGGAACUUGCUUGGUGUGCUCGUCGGAAGCCAAGGUUCAUGGACAGCGUCUACGAUCUCUUCUCAUCUGGAGACUUCUUCUUGAACUGA